AUGAAUCCGACGCCCGUGGGCAUUGGAUUCGGGUUUGGUCGCAAGCCGCCCCCCAACAACGCAAAAAUGCGCUCCCGCUGGCGACCCCGGUCCCGCUCCCGCUCCCGGCCAUCGGCUCUGACCGUCCAGGGGGGCGUGGAGAGCGACAUUCCGCAUACCGCCGCGGCGGAACCAACCGAAACAUUCCAGGCCACAGUCCAAAAACACAGUGAGGACAGCAAUCACUCGAGGAUCCAGGAUCAGCAUCAGCAUCAGGAUCAACACCACAAACAGCAGCUGCAGCAGCAGCACCACCACCACAGCAAACAGCACAGCCAGUUGACAACCCUGGCCGUCCUGCUACUGGCCCUCGUGGCCAUCAACCAUCUGGAUAGCCUGCUUCCGUGGGCACCGGCAACGGCCACGCGGAUCGAAGGAGCGCGUCAACGUCAUGGAUCACCAGGUGGCAGCCUCAGCAGCAGCAGCCCCAGCAGCGGUGGCACCCUGGACGGCAUCAUCAGCGGCGGCGGCGUUAGCAAUGCGGACUGUCCCACGGACCUGUUCCGCUGCAACAACGGGAAAUGCAUCUCGCACCAUUGGGUCUGCAAUUACCAGAAGGACUGCGACGACGGCGAGGACGAGAUGCAGUCAUGUCCCCCGCCCGAGUGCGAGACGCCUCAACUGAACUGCGGACAGUACGUGUUCAACAAGACGUACUGCAUUCCCCCGCACUACCGCUGCGACAUGAUCGAGGACUGCGAGGACAAGUCGGAUGAGGCGCAGUGCACCUAUCGGAAGUGCCAGCACACGGACGUCUUCUGCAAUGCCCCCAAUGGUGCUGCCCCCGCGGAGGGCACCCGCCUGGCCGGACCCUGCGUGCCCAAGGAAAAGCGCUGCGAUGGCUACCUCGACUGCCGUACCGGACGCGACGAGGACGGCUGCAACGGAGUCGCCUGUCGCCUGGAUCAGUUCCGCUGCGCCAACGGACACAAGUGCAUCGAUGCGGCCCUCAAAUGCAAUCAUCGCGACGACUGCGGCGACAAUUCGGACGAGCAAGGAUGCAACUUUCCGCCCUGCCAUCACGCCCAGUUCCGGUGCACGAAUGCCCUGUGCAUUCCGUACAACUUCCACUGCGACGGCUACCACGACUGUGCGGACAAGAGCGACGAGGCCAAUUGCACGGCCAUCGCCUGUCCGGACAACAAGUUCCUCUGUCCGCGCGGCGGCGUCAACGGUGCCCCCAAGUGCAUCCUGAAGUCGCAGCUGUGCGACGGUAAACGCGACUGCGAGGACGGUAGCGACGAGGAGACCAACUGCUCCAUCGCCUCCUGUCCGGCCCUCAGCUGCGAAUUCAAGUGCGGACCCUCGCUGACGGGCGGCGUCUGUUACUGUCGGCCCGGCCAGUCCCUGGCCCCGGACAACCGCACCUGCGUGGACCUGGACGAGUGCGCCGAGUGGGGCCACUGCGAUCAGCUGUGCACCAACACCCUGGGCUCCUACACAUGCCAGUGCGCCCAAGGCUAUACGCUGAUCAACGAGUCCAAGUGCAUCGCACCCAAUGCCAACAACCUGCAGCUGAUCUUCGCCCACGACCGGGCCAUAAUGCGGAUGUUCGCCCACGGCGCCGAUCCCCGGAUCCUGGCGAACGCCACCGCCGCGGCGGGCGUCUCCUUCCACUAUGCCCGGAACACGCUCUACUGGUCGGACAUCAAGACGCGAAAGGUGCAGUCCCUGCCCCUGAAUCCCCUCAACAAGGGCCUGUCCUCCUUCGACCAGACCCUGCCCGGCACCUGGGCACCGGUGGCUCUGGCCGUCGACUGGGUGGGCGACAAGAUCUAUGUGGCCGAUCUGGUGGGCCAGAAGAUCGACGUCUUCGAGCUGAGCGGCCAGUGGCACGCCGUCGUCCUGGGCUCGAACCUGACCAGUCCCGCCGAUCUGGCGCUCGACCCCACCUCGGGCCUGAUGUUCGUCGCCGACGGAGGUCAGGUGCUGCGCGCACAUAUGGACGGCACCCAUGCCCGGUCGAUCGUCUCCGAGGCGGCGUACAAGGCCAGCGGCGUGACCGUGGACAUCAUUGGCAAGCGGGUCUUCUGGUGCGACUCCCUGCUGGACUACAUCGAGUCCGUGGACUACGAGGGCGCCCACCGCGUGAUGGUGCUGCGGGGACAGCAGGUGCCGAGUCCGUCGCGCCUGGCGCUCUUCGAGAACCGCAUCUACUGGACGGACGCCACCAAGCAGGGCAUCAUGUCCGUGGACAAGUUCGAGGGCCCCAGCUCCAUUCAGGUGACGUACAAGGCCAAGGACAUUCGCGAGCCCAAGGGCAUCAUUGCGGUGCACGCGCUCAGCCAGCCGCGCGUCUCGAAUCCGUGCGGCAACAACAACGGCGGCUGCAACCACAUGUGCAUCGUGACCGCCGUGAAGGGGGCGCCCACGGGGCUGGGCUUCCGGUGCGCCUGCUCGACGGGUUACCAGCUGGAGACCGACCUGAAGCUGUGCAAGCCCGUAGGGGAGUUCCUCAUGUACUCGCAGCAGCGUUUCAUCAAGGGCAAGGUACUGGAGCCGGUCAUCGAAGGAUUCAGCGACGCCAUCAUGCCGGUGGUGUCGCGGAGGGCCCGCUUCGUGGGCCUGGACUUCGAUGCGCGGGACGAGUUCAUCUACUACUCGGACGUGCUGCAGGACGUCAUCUAUCGGGUGCACAGGAACGGCACUGGCCGGGAGAUCGUCCUGGCCUCCCAGAACGAGGGCGUCGAGGGCCUGGCCGUCGACUGGGCCUCCAAGAACCUCUACUACAUUGACUCCCGCAAAGGCACCCUCAACGUGCUCUCCACCCGCAACGUGACCCACCGCCGCACCCUGCUGAAGAACCUCAAGCGCCCGCGCGCCAUCGUCGUCCAUCCGAAUCGGGGCUUCAUCUUCUUCUCCGAGUGGGACCGACCGGCGAACAUCACCCGCGCCAACACCGACGGCACUGGCCUGCUGGUCUUCAAGAACGUGACCCUGGGCUGGCCCAACGGCCUGUCCAUUGACUUCAAGGAGGACCGCGUCUACUGGUGCGAUGCCCUCCUCGAUCACGUCCAGCACGCGAAUCUGGAUGGCACUGACAUCAAGACCGUGAACUCCCGACUCGUCCGCCACCCGUUCUCCAUUGUGAUCCACAACGAUUGGAUGUACAUCACGGACUGGCGGCUGGACGCCAUCAUCCGGCUGCACAAGCUCACCGGCGAGCAGGAGGAGAUGAUGGUGCGCGAGCCGCAAACGAAUCGCCUCUACGGCGUCAAAGUCUACAGCCACGAGGUCCAGCGCAUCGCGGACACACAGCCCUGCAAUCGCAACAACGGCGGCUGCCAGAAGAUCUGCUUUGCCGUGCCCAUCGCCCCCCAGAAUGCCACCGCCGGAGGAGCGGAGAUUGCCCCCUCGGUUGGUCGCCUCCAGGCGCGCUGCUCCUGCCCCUACGGCGAGCGUCUCGCCGAGGAUCAGAUGAGCUGCGUCCCCGACCCCAGUGCCGAACCACCCGUCCAGCCGUGCCCCAACUCGUGGGACUUCACGUGCACCAACCAGCGCUGCAUUCCCAAGUCCUGGGUCUGCGACGGCGAUGACGACUGUCUGGACAACAGCGAUGAAGAGCAGAACUGCACAAAACCCACCUGUGGAUCGAACGAGUUCCAGUGCAGAUCGGGACGCUGCAUACCGCAGAAUUUCCGCUGCGACCAGGAGAACGACUGCGGGGACAACUCCGACGAGCUGGAUUGCGGAAACGUGACCUGCGGCACCUCGCAGUUCGCCUGCGCCAACGGGCGGUGCAUUCCGAACAUGUGGAAGUGCGACAGCGAGAACGAUUGCGGGGACAGCAGCGACGAGGGCGACUUCUGUGCGGAGAAGACCUGCGCCUACUUCCAGUUCACGUGUCCGCGAACGGGCCACUGCAUACCGCAAAGCUGGGUGUGCGACGGCGACGACGACUGCUUCGACAAGCAGGACGAGAAGGACUGUCCGCCGAUUAGCUGUCUGACCAACCAGUUCAAGUGCUCCGACCUGCGGCAGUGCGUGGAGGAGUCGUACAAGUGCGACGGCAUACCGGACUGCAACGACGGCAGCGACGAGGUCGGCUGCCCCUCGAUGGGGCCCAACCAGUGCAACCUGGAGAAGCACUUCCGCUGCAAGUCGACGGGCUUCUGCAUACCGAUCGCCUGGCACUGCGACGGCUCCAACGACUGCUCCGACCACUCGGACGAGCAGGACUGCGGCCAGAUAACCUGCGCCCAGAACUUCUUCAAGUGCAACAACACCAACUGCGUGUUCAAGGCGUACAUCUGCGACGGCAAGGACGACUGCGGCGACAACUCGGACGAGGGGGCGGAGCACGCGUGCGUGCCGCCGCCGUUCAAGUGCCCCCACGGCCAGUGGCAGUGUCCGGGCGUGAGCGAGCGCUGCGUGAACAUCACCUCCGUCUGCGACGACACCCCCGACUGUCCGAACGGGGCCGACGAGGGCGAGGGCUGUGACCUGGCCGAGUGCGAACACCAGACGGGCCAGUGCUCCAGCUUCUGCCAGAAGACGCCCAACGGGGCGCUCUGCGUUUGCCCCCCGGGCUCGGAGAUCGGCGAAGACGGCUUUACCUGCAUCGACACCAACGAGUGCGAUCCGCCCGGACUCUGCUCGCAGCAGUGCACCAACACGAAGGGCUCGUACUUCUGCUCGUGCCAGGACGGCUACGUCCUGGAGCCGAACAAGCACACCUGCAAGGCCGUCAACCACACGGCUGCCUUCCUGAUCAUAUCCAACCGCCACUCCAUCCUCGUGGCGGACCUCAAGGAGCAGGGCCUGGAGCGGGUGCCCAUCAUCGUGGAGAACGUGGUGGCCACCGCCUCGAACAUGCACACAGGCACCAUCUUCUGGAGCGACAUGAAGCUGAAGAAGAUCUCGCGCCUGGACCGCGGCAUGGAGCCCCAGGAGAUCAUCAAUACGGGCCUGGACCUGGUCGAGGGCCUGGCCUACGACUGGAUUGCCCAGAACCUCUACUGGCUGGACAGCAAGCUCAACACCAUCGAGGUGUCCGCCGAGAAUGGCUCGAACCGACUGGUCCUGGUGCGGGAGAACAUCACACAGCCGCGCGGCAUGUGCAUCGAUCCGAGUCCUGGGGCGCGCUGGAUCUUCUGGACCGACUGGGGGGAGAACCCGCGCGUCGAGCGCAUCGGCAUGGACGGCACUAUGCGGAAGACGAUCAUCAACACGAAGAUCUACUGGCCGAAUGGCCUCACCCUGGAUAUAGCCACCAAGAGGGUCUACUUUGCCGACUCAAAGCUGGACUUUAUCGACUUUUGCUACUACAACGGCACCGGGCGGCAGCAGGUGCUGGCCAGCAGCCACUACCUGCUCCAUCCGCACUCGCUGUCCCUCUUCGAGGACACACUGUACUGGACGGACCGACAGCUGAACCGCGUGCUCUCCGCGAACAAGUUCCGGGGCAAGAACCAGACGGUCGUCUCCCAUCUGAUCAGCCAGCCGCUGUCCAUUCACGUGCACCACGCCAGCCUGCAGCCGAUGCACCCGAACCCCUGUGCCCAGGCUAAGUGCCAGCACCUGUGCCUGCUCAGUCCCAGCGUCACCGAGGGCUACUCGUGCAAGUGCAAGCCCGGCUUCAAGCUACUCAGUGAGGGGCGGUGCAUCGAGGAGGAGAACCCCUUCCUGAUGGUCGUCAAGGGCACGCAGAUCGUGGACCUGCCGCUCAACGGCGGGGAUGCUCGGGCCGGCGCCCUGGCCCCCGUCAUCGGCAUCGAGAGCAGCACCGGCCUGGACUUCGAUCGCAAGGGCGAGACCCUGUACUGGGUGCAGGGACGCGAGGACGACGACGAGAACUGCACCAUUUACACGACGCCCUACGGCGGCGGCAACAAGACCCUCUUCCUGGGGGCGGACAACGGGAUUGUGGGGGCGCCGUACACGAUCGCCUUCGACUGGCUGGGCCGGAAUCUGUACAUCGGCAACCGGGUGGCCAGCAACAUCGAGGCCGUGCGGGUGGACGGCAAGCAGAAGUACCGCACUAUAAUCUUGGCCAACGACGGCUACCCCAACUCGGUGUCCAGGCCCAAGCAGAUCGUCCUGGAUCCCAGCGAGGGAAAGCUCUUCUGGAUCGACAACGGAGUGCUCGAGGUCCCGGUGAAGAUCGGCCGCGUUGACAUGAACGGACAGAAUGCGCAGCUUCUGUUCCAGGACCUCACCCAUCCGGAGAGCAUUGCCGUGGACAUUGAUAAGAAAAUGCUGUACUACAGCUCCAGCAACCCGCCCGUCAUCGGCUCAAUGGACUACAACGGGGAGGACCACACGAUCAUCAUGACCGACGGCCAUCCCAUUGCCAAGCCCCGCAGCCUGGGGAUCCUCGACCACCGGCUCUACUACCUGGAUCCCGUCUACGAGAAGAUCGUGCGCGUGGACCUGCCGAAUGGGGACAACCGCAAGACCAUCGUUGACAACGAGCCGGAUCUGCGCUCGAUGAUGAUCUACAAGAAGCGGGCCACCAUGCAGCACCCCUGCCAGACGAACAACGGUGGCUGCAAGCACCUGUGCAUCCCGGGGCCGGCGGCCACUCGCACCUGCGCCUGCGGCAUCGGGUACCGCAAGGAGAACGAGAUCAACUGCGUGGCCUACAAGACAUUCGCGGUCGUCUCGCAGCUGGACAUGAUCCGCGGCUACAGCCUGAGCGACAGUUCCGAGGCGAUGGUCCCCGUCAGCGGACCGGGCCACCAUAUCCUCCACGUGGACGUCAUGUACCGCGAGCAGUGGAUCUACUGGGCGGAGUUCAAUCGCGGCUACUGGAACGGCAUCUUCCGGUCGCGUCCGAACGGCACCGACUUGCAGCAUGUGGUCAAGGACGGUAUUGGGAGCAACGGCAUCCGGGGCCUCACCAUCGACUGGGUGGCGGGCAACAUGUACUUCACCAAUGUGUAUCCGCACGAGAACUACGUGGAGGUCAGCUGGCUGGACGGCAGCAACCGCAAGGUGCUCGUGAAGACCACCAACGAUGCCCCGCGAGAGCUGGCCGUGGACCCCAUCAAGCGGCUGCUCUACUGGAUCGACUACGGCCAGCAUCCGCGGAUCGGCAAGGCCCUGCUCGACGGCAGCAAGUGGACACCCCUGGUCACCUCGGGCAUAUCCCUGCCCCGCGACCUCACCAUCGACAUGCAGACGCACGACAUCUAUUGGGUGGACUCGAAGCUGGACACCAUACAGAAGAUCUCGUACAGCGGGGCGAACCGCAAGGUCAUCCGGCGGGACCUGCCCAGCCCCAUGGGCAUUGCCGUGUACCUCAACGACGUCUACUGGGUGGACCGCAACCUGAUGACCGUCUUCAAGGCCUCCAAGCACAACACCAACGACUCCGUGGUGACGCGGGUGCGCACCAACCUGGAGAAGCUGCGCGACAUCGCCAUCUACAACAUCAACAACCAACCGCAGGACGACACCAAUCCCUGCGCCCAUCUCGGGAACGGCGGCUGCGACCAGCUCUGCUUCAGCUUUCCCCCGGACUCGGGCGCCAGCACGGGAGGACGCAACUUCAGGUGCGAGUGCGCCACCGGGAAGCUGGGGGCAGACGAGCGGAAGUGCGAGUCGGUCAACGAGUAUCUGGUGUUUGCCACACGCACGGAGAUCCGGGCCGUCAACCUCGACCCCCACUCGACGGAGGUGCCCUUCACGCCGCUCACGAACCUCACGAAUGUCGUGGGCCUGGACUUUGACUUUGCUGACAACCGAAUGCUGUACACGCAGAUCCGGCCGUGGGCCAAGAUCGCCUACACGAAGGCCAACAAGCCGAGCCACAGCGACAUCACGGUGGUCCUCAACAAGGGCAUCAAUCCCGAGGGCAUCGCCUACGACUGGACCCAGCACAAGAUCUACUGGACGGACAGCUCGAACAACUCCAUUUACGCGAUGAAUCUCGACGGCACCGAGCUGGUGAUGAUUGCCCGAGUCGAGAGGCCGCGGGCGAUCGUCCUGGACCCCUGCAACGGCACACUGUUCUUCACCGACUGGGGCCGCUUCGGCACCUCCGGCAAGAUCUUCCGCACGACGAUGGCCGGCUCCCUGAAGCGGGCCAUUGUGGACAAGGACCUGUCGCAGCCGAGCGGCCUGGCCAUCGACUAUGACGAGCGACGCCUCUACUGGACGGAUGCCGUGCGCGAGAAGAUCGAGCGAAGUGACCUGGAGGGUCGCAACCGAGAGCUCCUGGUGGCGGCCACCAUCUACCCCUUCGCCAUCACCGUCUUCCGCAACUACAUCUACUGGACGGACCUGCAGCUGCGCGGUGUCUAUCGGGCGGAGAAGCACACGGGCGCCAACAUGGUGGAGAUGGUGAAACGGCUGGAGGACUCGCCGCGCGACAUCCGCAUCUACAGCGCCGACAGGCAGAAGUGCGACGUCAAUCCCUGCCGGAUCAACAACGGCGGCUGUGCCCAGAGCUGCCACCCGGCGCCCAACGGCAAGGCCGAAUGCAAGUGCGACGACAACACGAAGGUCGUGAACGAGGGACGGAUGUGCGCACCGCGCAACAACACGUGCGAGGCGAGCAAGUUCUACUGCCAGAACGGACGCUGCAUCUCGAGGAUGUGGUCGUGUGACGGGGACGAUGACUGCGGCGACAACUCGGACGAGGAUCCCAACUACUGCGCCUACCACUCGUGCUCGCCGAACGAGUUCCGCUGCAACAACGGACGAUGCAUCUUCAAGUCGUGGAAGUGCGACCACGAGAACGACUGCAAGGACGGCUCCGACGAGCUGGGAUGCACAUAUCCGCCCUGCGUGGACGGGGAGUUCACGUGCGGCAACGGACGGUGCAUACCGCAGGCGCAGGUCUGCAACGGGGUGAACGAUUGCAAGGACAACGCCACCUCCGACGAGACGCACGAGCGCUGUCCCAUGAACACCACCUGUCCGGCGAACCAUCUCAAGUGCGAGAAGACCAACAUCUGCGUGGAACCGUACUGGCUAUGCGACGGCGACAACGAUUGUGGCGACAACUCCGACGAGGAUCCGUUGCACUGCGGCCAGCGCACGUGCCCCACCAACAGCUUCCGUUGCCCCAACCACCGCUGCAUACCCGCCACCUGGUACUGCGACGGCGACGACGAUUGCGGUGACGGUGCCGACGAGCCGCCAGAUUACUGCAAGUCCGAGGGUCGCACCUGCUUCGGGGACCUCUUCACCUGCGACAAUGGCAACUGCAUUCCGAGGAUCUACAUAUGCGACGGAGACAACGACUGCCUGGACAACAGCGACGAGGACAAUCGCCAUCAGUGCAAUGAUCGCAAGUGCGACGAGGAGACGGAGUUCACGUGCGUGGAGAACAAGUCGUGGCAGCGGGCACAGUGCAUACCCAAGAAGUGGAUCUGCGAUGGUGACCCCGACUGCGUGGACGGAGCCGAUGAGAACACCACCCUGCACAACUGUGCCACCCAGCAGCCCUGCGGCGAGGACAUGUUCACCUGCGGAAACGGCAGGUGCAUCAACAAGGGCUGGCUCUGUGAUCACGACAACGACUGCGGUGACGGCACCGACGAGGGCAAGUUCUGCAACUCAAAGUACAAGACCUGCUCGCCCCAGGAGUUCACCUGCCAGAACUUCAAGUGCAUCCGGAACCAGUACCGGUGCGAUGGCGAGGACGACUGCGGCGAUCAUUCGGACGAGGUGAACUGCAAAAAGGACAACGUCACCUGUCCGCAGGGUCAGUUCGCCUGCACCAACGGACAGUGCAUCGACUACAGCCUAGUGUGCAACAAGUACCCGGACUGCUCGGACGAGUCCGACGAGCCCGCCCACUGCAACGUGGACGAGUGCGCCAAGGUGGAGAUCAAUCAGUGCGGACACAAGUGUGUGGACACCCUCACCAGCUACUACUGCGACUGCAACGAAGGCUACAAACUCUUGGCCGACGGCAAGGCGUGCGCGGAUGUGGACGAGUGCCUGGAGCAGCCGGGUGCCUGCUCGCAGCACUGCUCGAAUACGCCGGGCAGCUUCUACUGCAAGUGCGACGAGACCUACUACGAGCGGCAGAACGACGAGCACACGUGCAAGCGGAAGGACAACAUACCGCCGUGGCUGAUCUUCACCAACAAGUACUACGUGCGCAACAUGUCCGUGGACGGCCACCAGUACAACCUGAUGCACCAGGACCUGAUGAACGUGGUGGCCCUGGACUUCGACAUCCGCGAGGAGUACAUGUACUUCUGCGACGUGACGGCCAAGACCAUAUUCCGGGCCAAGUACACGAGCCCCGAGGACGAGACGCCGCCGGAGCGCGAGGCCGUCAUCCGGCACGACUCGCACGGCCUCGAGGGCAUCGCCAUCGACUGGGUGGGCCGCAAGCUGUACUGGCUGGACCGCCACUCGAAGAACCUAGACGUGUCCGAGCUGGACGGCACCAAGCGGAAGACCCUGCGCAGCGGCGUUGUCGAUCCCCGAGCCAUUGUCGUGCACCCGGGCAUCGGGUACCUGUACUUCACCUCCUGGCAUCUACAGGCCUACAUCGCCAAGAUGGGCAUGGACGGAUCGAACUUCACGCGCAUCCUCAACUGGAACGACGGCAUCGCAUGGCCCAAUGCCCUGUCCAUCGACUACUUCACGGACCGCAUCUACUGGGCGGACGCCCAUCUCGACUACAUCGCGUACGCCGAUCUGGAGGGGCGACACCGACACACGGUGCUCUCGGGCAACCGGGUGCCACACGUGUUCGCGCUGAGCCUGUUCGACGACUUCAUUUACUGGAGCGACUGGAACCUGAAGGCCAUUGUGCGGGCCAACAAGUUCCACGGAGCCAACUACACCGUCCUGAGGAACACCACCCACCGACCCUACGACAUACAUAUCAACCACCCGCUCCGGCAGCUGCCGUACACGAACCCCUGCGGCACCAACAACGGCGGAUGCUCGCACCUCUGCCUGAUCGCCCCGCCGCCCGAGUCCACGUACCUCAACAUCGAGGGAUACAUCGAGGAGGGGGCCCCCAUCUACAAGUGCGCCUGCCCCAACCAGUUCUACCUGGCACGCGACUCGAAGACCUGCAUCGCCAACUGCACGGCGGGCCAGCACCUGUGCGGCGGCCGGGACGAGAAGUGCAUUCCGUGGUUCUGGAAGUGCGACGGCGAGAAGGACUGCAAGGACGGCAGCGACGAGCCGGCGACCUGUGCCCCCAGGCACUGCCGCGCCGGCACCUUCCAGUGCAAGAACACCAACUGCACGCCCUCGGCCACGAUCUGCGACGGCGUCGACGACUGCGGCGAUCGCAGCGACGAGCAGAACUGCGAGCUGCCCUGCCCCCUGUCCGACUUCAAGUGCAAGUCCAGCGGUCGCUGCAUCCUCGACAGCUGGCGCUGUGACGGCGAUGCCGACUGCAAGGACGGCAGCGAUGAGGACCCAGCCGUAUGCUUCAAGCGAACGUGCGACCCCAAGACAGAGUUCGCGUGCAAGAACGGACGCUGCAUACCGCAGCUGUGGAUGUGCGACUUCGACAACGACUGCGGCGACGACUCCGACGAGCCCGCGUACAUGUGCCGGCAGAGGAACUGCACCACCGGCUGGCAGCGCUGUCCGGGACAGUCCAACUACCGCUGUAUUCCCAAGUGGCUGUUCUGCGAUGGCAAGGACGACUGUCGCGACAACAGCGACGAGCUGCCCGAGAACUGUCCCAAGUGCUCGGCGGAGACCGAUUUCAAGUGUGGCAACAACCGAUGCAUACCCAAGCAAUGGAUGUGCGACUUUGCGGACGACUGCGGCGACGCCACUGACGAAAACGAGGCAAUCUGCAAGGGACGCUACCGGGAGUGCUCCGAGUCGGAGUUCCGCUGCGGCAACGGCAAGUGCAUCUCGUCGCGUUGGCAGUGCGAUCAUGAGGACGACUGCGGCGACAACUCGGACGAGAUGCACUGCGAGGGCUACCAGUGCAAGAACGGGACGUUCCAGUGCGCCUCGGGCCACUGCAUUGCUUCCUACUUCCGCUGCGAUGGGGACCGCGACUGCCGCGACAUGUCCGACGAGGUGGGCUGUCCGCCGCGCUUCCCCGGCGGCCGCUACUGCCCGGAGUCCCGCUUCCAGUGCAACAACAACCUGUGCGUCUCCCUAUCGGACCUGUGCGACGGCACCGACGACUGCGGCGACGGCAGCGACGAGGACCCGAACGUGUGCAGCGACUUCAACUGCGACACUCUGCGGCGCUUCCAGUGCGCCAACCAUCGGUGCGUGGCCCGCUACCAGAUCUGCGAUGGCGUCGACAACUGCGGCGACGGCAGCGACGAGAACAACAUGACCCUCUGCGCCAGCAAGCAGAAGCCCUGCGACCUCUACACGCAGUUCCAGUGCGCCAACAAGCACUGCAUCGAGCGGUCGCAGGUGUGCGACUUCUCCGACGACUGCACCGACGCCAGCGACGAGCUGGGGUGCCACCACACGGCCAGCUGCUCGGAGCAGAACCGCGGCGGGUGCCAGCACCACUGCCACAACCUGACGGACGGCGGUUACAUCUGCACCUGCUAUCCGGGCUACAUCAUCUCCCACGACAACAAGAAGAGGUGCGCGGACGUCGACGAGUGCCUCACGCGGCAGCACACCUGCUCGCACCAGUGCCACAACCUGAACGGCACCUAUUCGUGCAGCUGCCGCGAGGGCUUCCGCCUGGCGGACGGCGCCAGCGGCGUAUGUCGGGCGGAGAAGGAGGACGUCGUGCUGGUGUUCGCCAACGGCCAGGAGAUACGCGGCCUGGACCUGCAGAAGCGGGAGGAGUUCGACGUGAUUGCCGCGGAGAAGCGCAUCGAGGCGCUCGACUACGACGCCCAACAGCAGAUCAUCUUCUGGGCGGACAGCUACGACAAGACGAUCAAGCGCUCCUACAUGGUGAACGCCAUCGAUGGGCGGGCCAAGAUCGGCUUCGCCCAGGACCUGAACAUGAAGGGCGGCUCCAAGCCGACGGCCGUGGCCGUGGACUGGCUCGCCUCGAACCUCUACUGGACGGAGAUGGACCGGACGGGAUCCAAGCCGCGCGGACGCGUCAUGGUGGCCAAGACAGACGGUCGCUAUCGUCGCUCCAUCGUGAACGCUGGCCUGGAGGUGCCCACCUCCAUAGCGGUGAACCCCCAGCUGGGACGCAUCUACUGGUCGGAUGCGGGCUCAGCGCCCAAGAUCGAGGUCUCCUGGAUGGACGGCUCCAAGCGACGACCCCUCAUCACUGAGCAGAUUCGACAUCCCGCCGGCCUGACCAUCGACUACUCGCAGGACCACAUCAUCUACUGGGUGGACACCAAGCUGAACGCCAUUGAGUCGAUGCGGGCCGAUGGGUCCAUGCGGAAGGCCAUCGUCAAGGGCGAUCAGCUGCGACAUCCGGUCUCACUGGACCUCUUCGAGUCGAACAUGUUCUGGGUCACGCGCGACACCGGCGAGCUCCUACGCCAGGACAAGUUCGGGCGCGGCGUCCAGGUGGUGCUCCACCGCAACCUGGUGAAUCCGUCCGGCCUCAAGGUCUACCACGACAGGCGCUACAACACCUCGCUCCCGAACCCCUGCGACAACUCCACCUGCUCCCACCUCUGCCUGCUGGUGCCCGGCGGCCGCCGCUGCGCCUGCCCGGACACCUCUGGCCCGCUUCCCUCCCACCGCAGCACCGCCGAGGUCAUCUGCGACGCCGCCGCCGAGCAUCCGCGCCCAGCGCCGCGCAUCUGCCCCUGCCAGAACGGCGGCCUGUGCAAGGAGAACGACCAGGGCGAGCUCGUCUGCGAGUGCCUGGCCGAGUUCCGCGGCGAGCACUGCGAGAAGAGCACAACGGGCGCCUUCGGCCAUGGCGGCGCGAACGUCACCGCCGUCGUUGUGCCCAUCAUGGUCAUUCUGCUGGUGAUGAUGGCCGCCGCUGGGGCCUGGUAUGUCAUUCGCAAGCGUCCAUUUGGCAAGCUGGCGCGCAUGCCAGCGAUGACGUCGUCGCAGAGCGUCACCUUCCGGCACGGGUCCAACGUGGAGUUCAGCGAGAGCGGCUUCCCGGGCGCCUCGGCCCCGGGGGCUGAUGUGGCGCCCAUCGAGGGCUACAACCUGCAGACGGUGAACGCGAACAAGGCGCGCGACUUUGCCAAUCCCAUGUACGAUGCCGUGCAGUCGGGCACCACCACGGAUCCGGGCAUGGGCAAUGGAUCGGGCAUCUACGAUGUCCCCGGAGAGCCGAGCAAGUCGAAGGCGAUGGGCCACCCGCAUGCCACGAGCGGCGGCUCCUUCACGGAGCCCGCCUCUGCCAUCAUUGCCCCGAGCAGCAUCACACACAAGUCGUCGCCGCAGCUGCAGCUUCGCACGCGGGAGCUGGACCCCUCCGCCGACACCGGCAAGGACACACAGUUCCUUGUGGAGGAAGACAAAUCCGAGUGCUGAUAUCAAGCCCGUCAAGCUG